CCUCCAUCUCCUUGACAGCGGACAACCUCCCCUCCUCCACACUUGGAUCCGUCAUGUUCACACUCUCCCCGACAUCCUAGAGCAACUCGUCCCUCCGAUCUUUUACUGCUCGUCAGGCCUCAUCUCUACUUGUCCUUAUUGCUCGGGCCGGGGUUUCUCGACUUCUCGGACCCUGCCGUCCGUCCGACUUGCGCCGAGGCUAUUCAUCGCUGCAUAUUGUCACCGUCCGCAUCUCCUUUGCUCCUUGACAUCGCGCAUACCCGGCCCAGCAGCGACCAGCGCGCCGGUCGCCCACAAGACAGCGACAGCGACAUCGACAGACGACCAUGGCGGAGGCGUCCUGCAGCGGGCCCUCACCCUUCAAGCGGCUCGUCGACCACCAGUCGCGCGACGUCAGCCACCACCAGGACCGCCUCGUCGAUCGCGCCGGCGGCGUCAACGGCCAUGCUUCCUUUCGAUCUGCCCCUCAACACCACCACCACCCGGCGCAGCAAGGCCAUCACGACUCGUUCGGCGCAUUCCUCAACGGCCAAGGGCCCUCCGCCGGCGUUAUCCCCGGCAUGCCUCACUCGCCCGCCGGCCGCCUCAACGCCCACGCUGCCGCCCUGCAGCAGCCCGGGUUGCCGCCGCUCAUCAACAUGCAACAUGACUUUGCGCAGCAGCAGUCACGCGCGUCCCCCGACCUGACGAGCUGGGCGUCCGACUUUUCUCGCUUCACGGCCGCUGGCAACAACCACCAUCAGCAAGCACCGCAGAUGCGCGCCGCCGCCGCCGCUGCCGCGCCGAUGCAGAUGCACGUGGCCCAGCCCAACUUCCAGGGCGCCUUUGGACAGGCCUUUUCGCCCAUGUUCAGCCAACAGCAAGGGGGGCCUGCUGCGUUUAUGCAGCAGCAGCAGCAGCCUGGUGCGGCGCCAGCGGCAUCCGACUUUGACCAGGAGAUGGCGCGGUGGAUGGCCAGCAACGGCGGCGGGAACAUGACCGACGUGGACGCCGCGAUGGAGCAAAUGGCGCGCGAGCUGGAGCUCAACGAGGCGGCCCUCCCCCAGACGUCAGAGGCUGAGGCCGGUGAGGAGGCUGUCGCGACGAGUCAGCAGACGUUCUCAACGAGCAUGUCCGACCUCGAGACCCCAGAGCUGGGCAACCUCUCCCUCCACGACACCACCACCACCACCAUUAAUAACAACGCCGCCGAGACCAUCGCUCCCAUGACGGCGCAAGACAUGAUUCUAGACCACGAUCAGCAACAACAACAGCAAGAACAACAACCCGCAGACGCAGAGGCAGACGCAAACAACGCUGCCGCCAAGGGCAAGUCGGCCGUCUCCGAGGCCGCCGAGCGACUCCUCGAGUCCGUCCAGCACGAGGCCGGUGAGAAGUGGCAAAACUCCGUCUUCCUCUCCCUCAUGCGCGACUUUCGCGACGGGCGCAAGGACAUUGUCGACAACGAGAUUCGCCAGACCGAGGAAGGCGGGGGCGAGGGCGAGGAGGCCGGGGGCGCCGCCCACCAGGCGCAACAGCAGCAGCAGCAGAGCCUGACCUGACUCGGCAGCGACAGUAGCGGCGGCGGCGGCUGCGGCGGCGAUAAUGCGACAACUCAUUAGCAAGCGCGAGCGCAGUCUCAACCACUGCAACACCACCAGCACAACUCCUGCUCCCCCUACUCCUGGUCCUCCUCCUCGGCCGCGACCGGGCCCAUCGCCGGACAACCGCGCGUCGCACCCCCGUCGCAACACGCCCACAAAGCCGACCACUACCACCACCACCACUACAACCAUGACGACGAUCACCGCCCAGGAGCACGCGCCGUCGCCGUGCAGCCGUUUAGGUCGUGCGCGAGGCACCUCAGCGAGACAGCCCUGUACUGAAAAUAACACCCAAAAAAAGAAGAGUAACGCGACGCGACUUGUGGAAAGCUGGUCAUGUCCCUCUUCCCCCAUGACGUGCGCAAAACGUAACCUUCAUACGUACGUACGUAUAGUAUACGUACGUAUGUGUGUGUGUGUCAGGCGGGUUGAGAAGCGGCUGCUGCUAGCACAAAAGCACCUACACCGUACGAAGUAGGUAUAUACUGUAUAUAUAUCUCAUGGGUUCCGUGCCCCCGGCGGGAGCCCAUGCGGUGAAACGCUGGUGGGUGGCCUGACGCUUCGGCUUGGACUUACAUACACGCGUCACGAACACUUAGACACAUAGGGGCGUUGUUGGAAAGGAAGGACGUUUUGAAAACACUGUCGUUGGCUACGUGGUUACAAACAAGGGCAAGUAACUAGGGAGCCAUAUCGCAUCCCGCCCUCACGAUUGCGCCCUGUGCCGAGGCCCAAAGUAGUGACACAAAUAUAUUCUUUUUUCACUGUGCCCACGGUCAAGCCUAGAUACCUACUACUCGGGCCUCAACCCUCCCCGCAUCCCAUCUGUACCAACGGCCCAAACUCGAAAUAGAUGUGUCACAUUCGUGCCCCGCGACUUCUUGCCUUCAAAGGCCACCAGCACGAGGGCGAGUUUUUUUUU